GAGCCAUCUGACUGGCAUCAGACUAUAUGGGAUUUUCUGAUAAAAAAAACAAAAAACACUUUCAGUUAAAAACAUUGCACAACUGAUAUGAUCAAUAAGAUGAGAUGUAUUCCUAUUCAAGAUUGACCGUAACCUAACGUGACUCAAGAAGACCCAGCCAAGUCGUCGCCAUAAUGACCAAACCAAAAUGGCUCCUAUUCUCGGAGAUUAGUUGACUGUCAGCGGUUUGAUUAGAUCAUUCUGUAGUUCAACGACUCUAAAAUGAAACUACUAAAUGAAUACCACAACAGCAAGAGUCAACAUGAUUAAUAAGAUCACGGCUCAAUGAUCCAAAUACAGGAGCCUGGGGAUGUGUGCCACGCAUCAGGAUCUGACUUGCAUCUGAAAUUUUGUUGGUUUAGGAUACACUGGACUAGGAGGUCACCAUGAUCAAGUUCCUCCUGAUGGUGAACAAGCAGGGCCAGACCCGCCUGUCUAAGUACUAUGAGCGGGUGGACAUUGGGAAGAGGCCUUUUCUGGAGGCUGAUGUUGUCAAGGGAUGCCUGUCACGCAAAAAAGAAGAGUGCUCUUUUGUGGAAUACAAGGACUUCAAACUAGUGUAUCGACAGUAUGCUGCUCUCUUCAUAGUUGUUGGUAUCAGUGACACUGAGAAUGAGCUGUCGAUCUAUGAGCUGGUACACAACUUUGUAGAGGUUCUUGACAAGUACUUCAGUCAUAGUGAAUUGGAUAUCAUGUUGAACCUUGAUAAAGUGCACAUCAUCCUUGAUGAGAUGAUCCAGAAUGGGCACAUAGUGGAGACCAACAAGAACCGCAUCCUGGCACCUCUACUAGCUCUGGACCAGAUGUCUGAACCACAUUGAGCAAUUGUUUGAACAAGACAAGACUAUUGGCCUUUGAAAAAGGAGACACAUUGCCAUCCAAAUGAUUCAUGGACUUCAUACUUGAGUUUAGUCAACAAUCCAUUGUUAUUAAGAUAGAAUAGGGAGGUUUUAGACAGCUAUAGUAAUAGAUUGUGAACUAAGGUAUUACACAUAAACCCUGUCUUGUGUUUGGUUCUUGAAUGUGCAUGGAAUAUGUUAUUCAGGUCUUUUAUUAAUUAAAUAAACAACACGUUUCAUACUUUGCAAACAUUUUAAUUUUUUGGAGCAUACACAUUUGAAAAUAUCUGUUUACUUCAAACUGCAACUUGAGUUAAAUAAAUGUUUAUAAUAUACAAAGAAAAUACAAGGGAAAGCAUAGCUUGCUUUUUUCUUUUUAAAUGUGCCUUGCACACAGAACCAGUGUUUUUGUCUCUAUAGCUUUAUUGUAAAAUUACACAAGAAAUGCACUCAGGGACUUUGAUCCUUAUAGCAGGAUAAUGAACAAUCAAAA